CCGUCUCCCUGCUCACUUUCUCUCGCCCGUCUGAAGAUUUAACACAGCGCAGAGCGAAGCUGGCGGCCACAGUCGUGCCCUGGAUUGUAACAGAGAAAGAGCGCAAGCCCUCCUGCAGCCUGCAAGCCCACCACCAUGGACGUCAAACUGAUGGCACUGCUGGCUCUGCUGGCCGUGGCCACACAUGUUCCGACCUCCAACGCAAAGCCCAUCAGUCUGGUUGAGCGCUGCUGGUGUCGAUCCACUCUCAACACGGUUCCCCAGCGCUCCAUCAAAGAGCUCAAGUUUCUCCACACGCCCAACUGCCCCUUCCAAGUCAUUGCAAAGCUGAAGAGCAACAGGGAAGUUUGCAUCAACCCUGAGACCAAAUGGCUGCAGCAGUACUUAAAGAAUGCCAUUAACAAGGUGAAGAAAUCUAGAAGACGCGCUAAUAAGAUCAACUAAAACACAAAGGGAGUCCUGUAUGUCAUCCAGCCUGGUAUUCCCAGGCUGAACCUCUGUACCUCCCUGUCACUGCUAUGGAUGUAUGCACACACGCUGUAUGUACCCGUCCAACUCUCUGGACAGCUUGCAGAAGCUGCACUCCAUCCCCAGCACCAUCCACCGAUCCCUCGGGACGUCCAGUUGUUUCACAUUCACCUUAUCCGGCAACAAAUCUUAGCACCAAGUGCAAUCUCACCUUGACGGACACAUGUUGAUGUCAAAAAUAUGUGCUGAGUACAGAGUGAAUGGCAUGGGAGAGUGUGUGUGUGUGUGUGUGUUUGAAUGUUGCAUACAUGAACUCUGAUUGUGUGCCUGUAUAUAAUAUUUUCUUGCUUCACACAGCUAUAGAGGAACAAUUCUACCUUUCUGUCUCGUGCAAGGCUUUGUGAGUAAUGCCACCAUCAUUUCAAGUCAGAUUAAUUUUUAAUAAAAGCUGCUGACUGAGGAAAAAACAUUCACAUUCACACAGCUUCCUUGGAAAAAUUGCUGUGGGGACUUUGUUGCCAGUUCCUGCCCUUUUAUAUCAAAAAAUGUGGUUUGGAAAAAUGCAGACGUGUCAAAUUUGAAAACAUCAAAAGAAAUGUUUCCACAUCAAAUUGAUAUCAUAUCCUUCUGCUCAGAAUGAUAUGAUUUAUUAUUCUAGUUUUAAUAUAUUCAUUACUCAAAGAAGAAUUUUGGAUGUAGGCUUUCCACACAUAAAUGUAGAAGGCUUGUUGUGAUUUGAAGUGAAAGUGGCAUUACUCUGAGAGUGAAGGCUCAUGGGAUAUAUUCAGGGGCUGGCAAUUGGGGGAAACCAUCCACAAGCUUUUGUUAACUGUAACACGCAGAGCUCGCUAGCACAGGUCUAGUUGAUUUUGAGCUUGAUGCAGGAAUAGAGAGGAAGCUCACAGAAACUACUAAAAAGCACACACUGAUCCAAUGGUGCUAUAUGUUCAGUUUAAGGAGUCAGAGCCAUUGACAUAACUGUGUUUUUAGUGAUGAUUUUAUGCAAGAUGGGAUGUCGAGACCCUCGGUGUCUUAAAUAGAAUGCGAUAUGUUUUGAAAUAAAGGCUCAAAGGACUGUUGUUGGAAGUGAAAAAUGAAAAUGAAGCCGAUUCUAAGCUGACGUUAAGGCCACACUGUACUGAUAAAGACUGUAAAGAAAUAAAA